GCGCUCAUCUCAGGAUGCAUCCCAGUGACGUUCUUCCGAGAGCAUGACAACCCGUGGCAGGACGAGCUGGAGUAUUCCUCUUUCUCAAUCAACAUCGACCCGGACAACAUCUGGCAGCUCAAGGAGCGCAUUGAUGCAGUCAGGAACCAGCCGGAGCUGCUUCAGAGGAUGCAGAAGAACGUUGUUCGGGUGCAG